AUGGAGAAGUUCAACUGGACAAGAGAAGACACGUGUCUAUUAAUUGAAAAUUUUGAAUUUUAUCCUGAAUUAUGGAAGGUUCCAAUAGCAAAUGCUUCACAAACAGAAACGCAACAUUCAUCAAUAGAUAGAGAAAACAUAAUUCAAGAAUCGCCAAAGAUAGAACAAAAUGGCUCUAAAAAGGCUGUAAAAAGAAAGAGUAAGGAAACUGAGGAUGACGCUACUUUAGCUAAAGCUAUUAAAGUUAUGGAACGGCCUGUAGAUGACUUUUAA